AUGUUAUUGUUUAUGUACCUCAUCUUCCUUGAGGAUGCACUGGAAUGUAAGGCUGGAAAGUACAAGGUGGAUGGGCAGUGCUGCUCCCCUUGCCAUGCAGGUUUCAAAGUUAAUGAGACAUGCAAUAUGAUGGGAAUCACCAUAUGUGUGCCUUGUGAUCCUGAGACCUACACAUCACAGCACAGUGGCCUUAAGGAGUGUCUCCAGUGUAAAGUCUGUCACCCUGAAUUUGGCUUGGUGACCAGAAGGAAAUGUUCGUCUACAACCAAUACUGUGUGUAGCUGUUCUGCAGGCUACUUCUGCACUGACAUGAAAUAUGAUGACUGUCAGAAGUGUGUGGCUCACCAAGUCUGCAGCCCUGGCCAAUAUGUGAAGUCUAGAGGCACAGAGAUAAAUAAUACCAUCUGUGAAAAGUGCCCAGUGGGGACAUUUUCCCCAUAUGGGACCCUUAACCAGUGCCUGCCAUGGACCAAUUGUACAGCACAGGGUUUAUUUGAAGAAAAGCCAGGCAUGGACACCACAGAUGCAGUGUGCUCACCUCAAAGUAACCCUCAACACAUAAAAUAUAAAUCCACUUAUCCAUCAUUCCCAUCAUCAUCAUUGCCAUCAUUGCCAUCAUUUAUUGUACACUGUGUGGAGCUUCUUCUGCUGGGGUCAGGGGCUGAGUCAUCAGCUUUAUGCUCUGAGUUCAAAGAGCUUCCUUCUUUCACAUCCUCCAUCUUGGUUCCACCACUGGAAAUGGAACUGGAAUUGGAACUGGAAGAGGUUAAAGCACCACACCAUGGAGAAACCAGUGACCUCACUGAAGCUGAUGGGUCCGUCAACAACAUGCCUGUGCAGGAGACUAGACAAGAAGAAGAAUCAGCUCCACUAAGGGAAAGAAUGUCUGAGAUUGUACCCAACUCUCCUUGA